UUCAAACCGAGCAGCGCUGGGGAUGCGGCGUGCUGGGAUUCGCAGCCGGCUGCCUCGGACAUCCAGAGUCCAUUGACACCUGCCAUCCUCAACAGCCUCGCUCCUUUCCAUUCACUGGGACACACACCCGCUAUCUGUUGGUUUUUAUAUAUAAUUAGUGAGAACAGUCUCCAGUUUGGCCAUGCAUUUGCCUCCUAAAGAACCACAGAAGAAGAGCUUGCGGGAUUUAGCAAUUGAGAUCGGCAUGAGAGUUUUCCUCUUUGGAGUUUUUGUUUUCACGGAAUUUCUGGACCCUUUCCAACGAGUUAUUCAGCCUGAAGAGAUUUGGCUGUACAAGAAUCCCAUUGUGCAGUCAGAUCACAUUCCUACUCGGAUAAUGUUUGCCAUUUCAUUCCUCACACCUCUGGCCGUGAUCUUUGUGGUCAAAAUAAUUCAACGGACAGAUAAAACAGAGAUUAAAGAGGCCUGUUUAGCUGUCUCUCUGGCCCUUGCUCUGAAUGGAAUCUUCACCAACACAAUUAAGCUAAUAGUGGGAAGACCUCGUCCUGAUUUCUUUAACCGCUGUUUUCCUGACGGGGUGAUGAACCCUGAAAUGCACUGCACAGGUGACCCGGAUGUAGUUUCAGAAGGCAGGAAGAGCUUCCCUAGCAGCCAUUCCUCCUUUGCUUUUUCAGGUCUGGGAUUCACCACCUUCUACCUAGCUGGGAAGUUGCACUGCUUCACAGAUAUCGGCCAAGGAAAGAGCUGGAGACUGUGUGCUGCCAUCCUUCCUCUGUACUGUGCAGUGAUGAUCGCCUUAUCACGGACCUGUGAUUACAAGCAUCAUUGGCAAGAUGCACUGGUCGGUGCCUUGAUUGGCAUUAUCUUUGCCUACCUUGCCUACAGACAACAUUAUCCGUCACUGUGUCACACUGAAUGCCACAAACCGCACGUCUGUCUUGUGGUUCAGGUGUCAGCUGAUCAGGAAGAAGCGUCCACUCCAGAGAAAGCUACCAGCUUGGCUUUAGAGGGAAUAAACGAAGGUCCCGUAUGACAAGCACACUUUGUUCAUGGACAAUUACCCCUUCAUACAUUCCAUAUAAAUCAAAACAAAACCUACAUAAAAUUCAUUCCAUGACAUUCUUGUGUACUUUUGUCCAUAUGUCCUAUUGAAAGCAAAAUGAUUAACAAGUUAUUUUGCUUUCAAAGUGAUGGCAUAUAUUGAUGUCAUCUGAGAAAAGAAUUUCAUUUUAAAACAGUCGCAGACAUUGAACAGAAUAUAUAUGGCAAUGUCGUUUAAAUACACAAAUAAAAAAAAUGAAAGUUAAUUACAAUGCAAGACUAAAGCAACAGUAACAUCAUUUGCACAAUAUUGAAAGACAAUUAUAUGACAGUACAAAGAGAUCAUGGAUAAAUUUUUGAUUAAUAUGUAAUUAAAAACUUUGAUGAGUGCUGUGAAAUUAAUAUUGUGAAACAAUUAUACAGGUUGCAGUGAGGAUGUAAUUAUCAAUGCCAAGCAAUGACAUUCAAGGAGGAUUUGAAUAAAUGUAUUGACAUUUCAUUUUUCUAGGCUCAACUUAUGACAUUAUUCAUUAAAAUGGAAAUUCUUAAAAUAUGCUUUUGUAUUGGAUGUUUUAUUAAGCCAUAGUAUUAAAUAUUUGAUUUAAUAUUUGAUGUAUUCAUACCUUACAUAAUUGCUUUGUACCAGUGAGCUAUUCCUUAGACUGUUACCUUUUGA